AUGUCUGCACGCGCCCCCUUUGUUGUGCCCGCGCUCAAGAAGCAUACCGCAACCGUGAUCAUGGCUCACGGUCUCGGAGACAGGUUCGUCAACCCCGCCAGCAACAUGAUAUCCGCUAACAAGUACAUCAAUGUAGUGGCGCUGGAUGGUACGAAUCGAAUCCCUAAUCCCCGUACAACGAAACUGAUUAUUCCAGGAUGGAUCUUGCUCGCACCUGGCGUCGCCGCGGCAAGUUCGAGGAAGUUACCUUCAUCUUCCCCAACGCACCUGCCAUCCCCAUCACAGUGGUACGUCCCAUCCACCCCCCUUUCGCACGCAACAACACAAACUAAAGCAAUUCAGAACUUUGGUAUGAGCAUGCCCGGCUGGUACGACAUCUCCAAACUCGGUCGCGACGUAAGACUUCCCCACAUCAUCCCCUACAAGGGCGCACCACUAACGGCGCCCCAGCUGGAUUUCGAAGAAGCAAUCCGCACGCAAGACGAGGCUGGCAUCCUGAAGUCGCGCGACUACUUCAACACUCUCAUUAAGGAGCAGAUGGACAAGGGUAUCAAGUCGAACCGUAUCGUGCUGGGCGGGUUCUCGCAGGGCGGUGCCAUGUCUGUCUUCUCUGGUCUUACGAACAAGGAGAAGCUGGGUGGUGUGUUUGGUCUUUCGUGCUAUAUGCUCCUUAGCGAUCGCAUUAAGAACUACACGCCUGAGAACUGGCCUAACAAGGAUACGCCAUUCUUCUUGGCUCACGGUGAUGAGGAUGAAGUCGUGCCUCAUGCGUUUGGCCAGCAGUCGGCCAAGAUGUUGAAGGAUCUUGGUGUUGAGAAUGUCGAGUUCCACACUUAUCCGUAUGUUUUAGUCAGAUUCUUGAGAUGGUGUUUCAUACUGACUUCAUAUAGUGACCUUGGCCACUCUGCUGAUCCCAGCGAGAUUGAAGACCUCGAGAAGUUCCUCAUGAAGACGCUCCCCAUGGAGGGCGAAACCUCUGCUGGCUUAUGA